GAGUUGCGUAAUUGACACACGGAUGGUGAAACCAAGGCCGAAGACAGCAAAGACCGACAUGAUCGUGGAAAUUUCUCCUUUUUUGCUUAUUUAGGCCAGGCCACAGCUCUUCUAGAAAUGGAUGGGAGCAGUACUAGUAGCUGUGUUGGAGGUAUCCUGGAAAGGGAUGAAGGAGAAGGAUCCUCACAGGGUAUGGAUAUGGAAGGCUCUACAAAUGACUACAAUGAACACACAGCAGAUGUGGAAAUUAAGGAGGAAGAAAUGGAGGAGAGAAAAGAUGGCAAAAAAUCGUCCAAGGGGAGCGUCUUCCACAUCGACACCAGCCUCAUCCAGGCCGUGCCUGCCAAGGAGCAAGCCAGUGAACUCCAGGAUCUAGGGAUCAGCGUGUUUGACCAGGAGGAGUUUGAACAGGGAGUCUUACAGCAGGUGGACCAAGCCAUUAAUGAGGAGGAGGCAAAGCUCUCCAGGCUGAGGGACGAGAAGGAGUUAAAAGCUGUGCUGGAUGAUAUAAAGGUGUGUCGUUCCGAGUUUCAUCACCUGCAGAAAGUAGCGGCCAGCAUCCGUGUGCCUUCUGUUCCCUCUAUGGUCAGCAGAGAGCUGGAGAAGAAACUGCUAUCUGUCAGAACAAAGAAAGAAAACAAAGCUAAGCAGUUGAAGAAACUCAGAUCUAGACACAGAGUUCUUUCUGCUAAACUCAGUGGCAAAAGUGAUGCUGCUCAUGGAGAAGAUCAUUCUGAUGAAGGAGAAAAUGGUGAUGGCAGCUCUUCAACCUAUGAGAGACUGCUCCACGAUCGAGGUGGAUCAGAUGAUGCUCCAGGACCCAGCAAGGGCAAGGAGACAGAGCAUGAGCGUCUCAUCCGGCUCGGUGAGAUGACCCCUUUCGGCACCUUCCUGACCGUGAAGGAGCAGGAGAAACCCAAACCACCUAAGCCCAGGUCCCUGGUGGUCACUGACUUUGAGAAGUUCCUCGGUGGAAAGGACAUGGAGAUGUACAAGAAGCAUAAGGUGGCGUCCAAAUGGAAGGGGACUAAGAAAGCCAAGGGGAGUGCCUCGCAGAGUGAUCAAGGCAGCAUCCUCUUUAGUCUGCUGACACCAAAGCCUGAACCAUCUCCUGGACCAAAGGUCAAAGGUCGCAAACAGGAUACCACAAAGGCCUCAACCUCCAGAGACUCCUCAUCAUCGCAAGGGCAGAGGAAACCUGAGAGGGAACGGAUGGAGUUUGAACCAAAACAUCGCAAGAAGGUCAAAGACAAGUGGGACAAUCCGUCGCUGAAGGAGAAGAGACAGAGAUCGAAGAUGAAGAACUUGACAGAGGAUUGGGACAGUGAUAACGAGGGGUACAUGGAAGAUUCCGAUGAUGGUGGUGAUGGGGAGUACCAUCCUGAUUCAGACCAAGAAGCAGCUUUUGAUGAGGACGCAUACUCUGAUGAUGAACCAGUCAUAGGAAGGAGGUUUGCCCGUCCUGGGAAGAGGAAACUGGCUGAGGAGAUAGCCGAUGGGACCAUUACUAACUUGAAGGAUCUUCAAAGGAAAAGUGGGGCAAGAGCAAGAAAGGCACAAGAAUCGAAGAUUAGAAGGGCGAAGGAUGACUCCACUCAGGAGAAGUUCCGUAAAAGAUUGAAAGAAGAGAGGAAGAAGGAACUGAUGAAGAAACGGGCCAGGCAGAUGGAGCGGAGGAGAGGAGGGGAAGAUGAGGAAGAUGAGGACGAUGAUUCAGAGGCUGAAGAUUCAGAAGAAGAUGAUGUCGAUCUGGACGGAGGUUUCAAGAUACCCUCCAAGAUCUGGAAGAAGUUAUACAGAUACCAGAAGAUUGGUGUUAAAUGGCUUUGGGAGUUGCAUCGUCAGAAGGCUGGUGGCAUCCUAGGAGAUGAGAUGGGUCUGGGUAAGACCAUUGAGAUGAUUGCUUUCCUAGCGGGACUCAGGACCAGUGCACUACCGAGCAAAGGCUUCAGCUACAGGGGACUAGGUCCUGUGUUGAUAGUGUGCCCUGCAACAGUUCUUCACCAAUGGCUGAAGGAGUUCCACACCUGGUACCCCGAGAUAAGAGUGGCCAUCCUCCACGAGUCCGGAUCACACUCUGGCAAAAGGGAAUCUCUUGUCCGGGACAUGGCCAGCUCUCAUGGUGUCCUCAUCACAUCCUUCUCCACCGUCCGGCUCCGUCAGGAGAUGCUCCUACGCUACAACUGGCACUAUGUGAUCCUUGACGAGGGCCACAAGAUCCGUAACCCUGAUGCCGAGGUCACACUGGCUUGCAAACAGUUCCGGACUCCUCAUCGCCUUAUCCUGACCGGGUCACCCAUGCAGAACAACCUGAGGGAGCUGUGGUCUCUGAUCGACUUUGUCUUCCCCGGCAAGCUAGGGACACUCCCUGUCUUCAUGCAACAGUUCUCAGUACCUAUUGUCCAAGGAGGCUAUGCCAAUGCUUCCAAAGUUCAGGUCCAGACAGCGUACAAGUGUGCAUGCAUCCUGAGAGACUCUGUCAGCCCCUACCUGCUGCGCCGCCUUAAGGCCGACGUGAAGCAGGCCCUUCAGCUGCCAUCCAAGAACGAGCAGGUCCUGUUCUGCCACCUGACGGAGGAACAGACCCAGGUCUAUGAGGAGUACCUGGCCUCCAAGGAAUGCAAUCUCAUCUUGAGAGGAGAAUACAAGGUCUUUGCUGGACUCAUCACCCUGCGGAAGAUCUGCAACCACCCGGACCUGGUGUCGGGCGGACCUAGGAUCUUCUCCCACCAGAACCUUUCUGACGAAGACCUGACGGAAGAGCAACGGUACGGGUACUACAAGCGAGCAGGCAAGAUGAUCGUGGUGGAGUCACUCCUCAAGCUGUGGAAGGAACAGAACCACAGGGUGCUUCUCUUCUCACAGAGCAAACAGAUGCUGGACAUCAUGGAGGACUUUGUGAAAGACCGCUACUCUUACAUGAGAAUGGAUGGGACUACAACAAUCUCAUCAAGACAACCGCUCAUCACCAAGUUCAACUCAGAUCCCCGAAUCUUCCUGUUCCUGCUGACGACCCGCGUCGGGGGUCUGGGAGUGAACCUGACGGGGGCCAACAGGGUGAUAAUCUACGACCCUGACUGGAACCCGAGCACCGACACCCAAGCCAGGGAGAGGUCAUGGAGGAUUGGCCAGACCAAACAGGUCACCAUCUACAGGUUGCUCACCGCUGGUUCCAUUGAAGAGAAGAUCUACCACAGGCAAAUCUUCAAGACGUUCCUGACCAACCGAGUCCUCAAGGACCCCCGUCAGCGUCGCUUCUUCAAGUCCAAUGACCUCUUUGAGCUCUUCACCCUGGGGUCAUCAGACAAGGGCAGGAGCACCGAGACCAGCGCCAUCUUUGCCGGCACGAACUCUGAGGUACGACCCAAUCAGAGUUCCUACGAGUCGAAGGCCACCAAGGAGCCGAUGAUGAAGAUGGGCAAGAAGAAGGGUGAGGCCCUGGAGAAGGCGGAGAGGCGAAAGAAGCAGGCGGAGGUCAUCCAGAGGGAGCUGCUGCUCAAGAAGAAGAUGGAGGCCGACAAGAAGAGGAUGAAAGUGGAGUUGGAGGAGGAGGACAAUGGCAUUGCUGCUGCAUCCAGGGUGGGUCAUGUCCAUUCUGCAGCCUGUCAAGGAAAGUGUGUGAUAUCACCCAAGAGACUUGGAGACUCUGGUGGUGUGCAGCUCGGGGAGGUUGGGUCCUCAAGUCGGCAUGGUCACAUGUCAACAUCAGCAUCAUCUUCCACACACCCAUCAUCUAAAUCUCCAUCGUCAUCAUCAACCCAAGUCAAUGCCAUCUCAUCGUCUAGCUCGGGCAAGAAGGCGAAAAAGAAGAAGAGGAGAGAUGCAAAGCUUGAUGGUCUUAAAAUCCCCCAUCUUGCCAAGACCAAAGCCUAUGCACCCAGAGCGGAAGAGGAGGAUGAGACCACCAAGAAUGCAGACGAGGACAACUAUGUCUUGCAGAAGCUCUUCAAGAAAAGUGGUGUUCACAGUGCUCUUCAGCAUGACAACAUUAUGCAGUCAUCCAACCCAGACUUCGUCUUGGUGGAGAACGAGGCAGAGAGAGUCGCUAAGGAAGCAGCCAGCGCGGUUCGCCAGUCCAGGAGGCGUUGCUUUGGUGCCAGCUCCGGUAUCCCCACCUGGACUGGAGCAGCGGGGGGUUCCUCAGGGAGCAAGCUUCGUUUUGGAGGCAAGAGCAACAGCAGACUUGUAGACAACUCAGAGAGGUCAGAGUCACCCAAACCGAACGGAACACCAAUGAAGAAGAAAUUGUUUGGCAAGAAGAAGAUGUUCAAUGGUGACAUGUCCACAGCGACGACGAUGAACGAGGAUGCAGAGCAAACCAACGACAUGCCCUCUUCCAACAGCCUUCUCAACAGGAUGCGCGCCAGGAACCACCUCCAGAAAGACGAGGACAACCCUUCCUCAUCCGACGAUGAGGACAGGCAGAGGUCGGUGUCGACGGCAGGAACGGAACACGAUGGCGUCAUGAAGGAGAUGGUGGAGUUUAUCGGCAAUCACUCCGAGGUCCCGGGGCAGGCAACGACCGAUGAGCUGCUGAAGGCAUUCGCGAGCAAGAUUGAGAAGUCAAAUUCGGCGAUGUUCCGGUCGAUGCUGCGUCAGGUCUGCACAUUCCACAGAACUCAGAAAAAGGAAGGAUUCUGGAGACUCAAAGCAGAAUUUCUGUAAGAACCUGGAGGAUAAAUUUUGAAAUACGCAAGUGAAAUGUAGACUUCGGGUUCAACAUUGUUCUAGUCCAUGCUUUAUCAUGUCUGCACCUUCUAUAGGACACCGACAAAGGUAGGAUUCUGGAGACUGGAGAAUUUCUCUAGAAACGUGAUUAAUGAAUUUGAAUUUGUCAGCAAGAUGAAGAAGUCAAACUCAGCAUUGUUUUGGUCGAUGCAUCAUCAGAUGUCCACUAUUUUGUAGGGGACAAACAAAUUAGGGAUUCUGGAGUCUCAUGGCAGAAUUUCAAAAAAUGUGGAUUUGCAAGAGAGGUGGAGAAGUCGAGUAUGGCAUUGUUCUGCUACAAUGUAUAUGCUUCAUUAGUUCUUUACUUGCAACAGUGGCCAAAAGAAAGAGCGAUUUCUGAGACUGGGAGCAAUAUUUUGUGAGACACCUUGUGGAAGAUAUUCUGUUCUUCUGAUUGAAUUGUGAAGUGGAAUGAAUGUCAACUUUGAGUGGGUCAAGUAACUUAGAAAUAAUGGAUUCCUCGCCGAAUACAAGUCAACAUUCAGUCAUGGAUUUUCCUUGUCAAAUGAAACUCUAAAUACUGUGAAUUUAUUGAAUUUCAAAGGUAUAUUGGUUAUGAAAAGGAGUACUCGAGUAUCUUCCAUGUUUUGCAAGGAAAAUAUGUCUUUUGAGAAUCUGUUUGGGCAUAGUUGUAUGGCUAUACACAAUCAAUUGGAUAUGAGAAAGUUUAAUACGUGUAAUGGUAAUUGACCCAAUCUAAUGCAAUUUUUCUGCACAUUUGCAAUUUAGGCAGGGGUACAGAAGGGGAAACAAAUUGUGUUGUGUACAAUUUUUUUAAGGCUUCUAGUUUUACAGUACAUUCAGAUUUGCCUGAAGAAUUCUACUCUUAUUUCAAAGAAAAAUUUCAUAUUGUAUUCAUGCAUUCAACUAAAAA